AUCGCGCCAUCUGUAUAAUAGUGCACAAAUGUUUGUUCACUCAUGGACAGGUUAGAUUUGUGCAAUUCAAGUUAAAUUUCUUUCAAUAAAAUAAUAUAGUUAAAGAGUAUAGGAUUUUCACAUUUUUACGGAUGAUGGAGGAAGUUGACAAUAUAAUUAUUCAUUCAUUGCGUCAAAUAGGCUGUGACAUAACAGAGAAUAUAAAAAAUCUCAGUGGUUUUAACACAGAAUUGGUAGUAGAAGCAACGGUAAAAUGUUUAGACAUAAUAAGACCAGGACUUGGAUUGUCAACAAUUUUACCUAUAAAUAUGGCAGCCAGAUUUCGACUAGGUGCUACACUUGCUCAAGCAUGUUCAGAAUUAGGGUACAAAGGUGAUAUUGGUUACCAAACAUUUUUAUAUAGCUCAGAAGCAGACCUAAGGAAAGUUUUCAUGUUUCUUAUUGAAAAAUUACCGAAAGAAAGUGAUAAACCUCUAAGCGAACCUGUUAGCAAUAUUGUAUUACUAGAAAAAUCUAUAGCAACAGCAAUAGCACAGAGUCUAUCAGUUUCAUGGUUACCACAUUAUUGUCAUACAAAGGGAUUUAGAAAUAGAGGACGAGCAAAAAUCCCUUAUAAAUCUGUGAAUUUAGAAGUUCCGAAAAUGGAGAGUAAAGAAGAAUAUCAAGAUUAUUGCAUACAUUAUCUGCAAUCUGUGUCUGAGCAAGUGCAAAAUGAAUCAUCACUUCUACCUUCUUUGAUAUCUUACAAUGCAAGAGCUCUUCAUACACAUUCAAUGAGCAUUCUUGAUCAAAUAAAUUGGUUAAAUAAACAAUAUUGCGAUAAAAUUAUUGAGGUUAAUAUAUCUGGUGAUGUCAAUUUUCUGAAUGGGAAUUCAAUAAAAGAUAGAACAUUAGCUUCCAAACAACCUCAGAUAAAAGAUAAUGGCACUAAAGAAACUAAGAUUAUACAACAAAAAGUAUUAAAUAAGAUGGAAAAACAAGACUUACAGAUAGAAAAAAUAAAAAUAGAAUGUGAGUGUUCCAGAAAUGACAUAGAAAAAUUGCAAGAUGCAAUCAAGAACCUAAGUACCAGUGUAGCACAAGUAACAAUAAAUUAUCAAAAUGAGGAGAAAGAGUUAACAAUUAAUGAAGAACAAAAAAAGAUUAAAGCAAAAAUUUAUGAUCUGUUUCAAGAUGGCGAAGAAAAUAUUAAAAAACUAGAAGCAGCAAUUGAAGUUACUACAAAUAAAUUAAUCAAUUUAGGUAAUCAGUGGGAGAAACAUAGAGUGCCUCUAAUCCAAAAGUAUAGGCAAGAAAGAGAAAAGCAUUCUACUAAAGCUAGUGCAAGUCAGAAGAAGCUUGAUGAUAUUAAGUUACUAAAAGAGAAGGAGAGAGAAUUACAAGAAGAAUGUCGUAAUAAAGAUCAACAAUACUCACAAUUAGUAAUCGAAGUUCAAAAACUCCCUAAAGAAGUGAAUAGGUCCGCAUAUACCCAACGAAUUUUAGAAAUAAUUAACAAUAUUAGAAAACAAAGAGAUGAGAUUAAUAAAGUAUUAGCUGACACGCGUGAAAUCCAAAAAGAAAUUAACACACUUACAGGCAGAUUAGAAAGGUCCUUUACUGUUGCUGAUGAAUUAAUAUUUCGAGAUGCAAGAACGAAUGAGGCAUCAAGAAAAGCUUAUAAAUUAUUGGCCACACUUCAUUCUGAUUGUAGUGAACUCGUAAGUUUAGUAGAAGAAACAGGUGCGACUAUAAGAGAAAUAAGAGACUUAGAAGAGCAGAUUGAUUCUGAAGCUACAAAAAAUGUUGGAGCAAAUUUGGAAAGGAUAACUGCUGAUUUGAGACAAAUGAAACAAGAAACAGCAGAAUUAACGGCACAAUUACAGAGUAAAACUUCGUGAUUUUUACAUAAUCUGUGAUAUUACGAUAUAUUAUUUGUAAUAACAACGACCAGAACAUUCCUCAUAAACGAAUACGAUUACGAAGACCAAAUUUUAUAGUUAUGCAGGAUUUGAUAUAUUGCUGCCUAUAAAAUAGUUUUUAACAGUUAUUUUAAAUUUAAACAUAACUGUUAAAACGGUGCCUUGGCCCAAAGUUGUGUGUAACGUAAAAUUAUACGUAAUUCGCUAAUCGUGUUUAUAAGAGGGCCAAGAUGUAACAUAAAUGGAUUCAAUAUCAACGCUCAAACAGAACGUUAUUUGCUACAAAGCCUAAUAAUUUUUUUAGCAUAAACUUUAAUUGUACAGUUAACUUUCAUAUUUCUAAGAAAUAAGUGGCUUUGGAGAUCCGUUAUAAACUUACAUAAUAAACAUUUAAGAAAAUACUUUAAGCAAUUAUGUACAAAAUAUGAUAGAUAAAUAAUAUGAUACAUA